AUGGAAUACGAAGAAAUCCACAACAUCUCCUAUGUGCGCGACGGCCAUGAGAGACAGAAACUCGACCUCUACCUUCCUCCCAAAGGCACCACUUUAAGUCCGGUCAUUGUCUACAUCCACGGCGGCGCAUUCAUGUAUGGUAACAAGGAAACCGAACUCAUACCGAAACACAUGCGCGACAGAGGCUAUGCAAUUGCGUCCCUUGACUAUCGCCUCAGCGGAGAUGCCACUUCCCCUGCCGCAGUUGAAGAUUGUAAGGCCGCCGUUCGCUGGCUACGUGCCAAUGCUGAAAGAUAUCGACUGGAUCCAGACCGGGUGGUGGCAUGGGGAGAAUCAGCAGGUGGCCAUCUCGCGGCGAUGAUCGGUGCAACGGGAGAUAUCAAGGAAUUCGACGUGGGUGAAUAUCUCGACGUCUCAAGCGCUGUGCAGGGUGUCGUCGACUACUAUGGGCCGACAGAUUUCCUCCAAAUGGACGACCACGCUCCGCCCGGAAGUCAGAUGCACAACCACGCGAACUCGCCCGAGUCCAGGUAUAUUGGUGGAAAUAUCACUGAGCAUCCAGACAAGGUCAAGAGAGCGAAUCCGAUGACCUACGUAUCCGCCUCGACGCCACCCUUCUUCAUCGCUCACGGCACAGACGAUCACCUUGUUCCCUUUCAUCAGAGUACUUUGCUUGGGGGUGCUCUGAAGCGAGCGAAUGUACCUAUCACUUUUCACCCAGUCGUAGGCGCUGAUCAUGUCUUUCGAGGAGCGAGUGUUGAGCAGCGCCAGUCUCUGCAGAAAGCAACGGAAGAAUUCUUGGAUAGCUUAUGGCCAAUGAAGGCUUCGGAAUAG